CUAUAAAUACAAACCUUUUUUUUCACUAAUUUUUUUUUCUUAAUUGUUAUUAUUCCACUAUUUCUUUUUCACACUGUUAUUCUCAAUACCCAUAAAUAAAACCACAACACCUGCAAAUUCAACAAUAUGACCUCUGUAACAGUUGAUAACAAGGAUGAUUGCUAUUUUGAAAAUAGUGGAUAUCUUUCAUCUGGCCCAUACUUCGUUGAUGAGCCUAUUCCCAGAUCAGUUUCACCUGACUGCAUGGAACUCAAUACUACACACCCCCAUGACAAUGAUUGCCCGUCUCUUAGUAAACAUGGUCGAGGAUCAAAUGAUACAGUCUCAUCAAUCGCAUCAUCCUGUAUUACAACUCCAUCAUCAGCGCCUUCUACACCGGUGCCCGCCGAAAUCAAAUUGGCUAAACCUAUUCCAGUCAAAAAACCAACCAAACGUCUUAGCAACGCAUUAAGCAACGGAUUUUUUGGUAGUCUGAAAAUGACAUCCGCCUCUCCUAACGGGUCUUCCGUUUCCUCAUCACUUGAAGGCAGUAUUAGCAGACGUUUUAGUGGUGCAUCUAUUCAUAGUUCUAGUUCAGUCAGUAGCACUGCCAGUAAGAUCGGCAAAUCAUUUUCUAAAAUGCUGAGUUCGUCUCCUUUCAAAAAAUCUCCCCAAGAUAUGACAUGUGGGUCAUUCGGCGUUGUUCCCUUACUGUCUCAGAAAUAUGGUGAAUAUGUUAAGCCUGAGAAUCGUUCCACUAAAGGAAUGGGGUCGACAUCCAAAAAGAAUAUUGCUAGUGGUGCAACUGCUGUGAUUCGUUUGGUACAACAAAGAACAGGUGGCCGGAUUUUAGCUGUGAAGGAAUUCAAGAAACGUGACAAGUCUGAACCUGAACGUGAAUAUCAAAAACGCAUGUUAAAUGAAUAUUGCAUCAGCAAAUCUGCCUCAAAUAACCCUCACAUUGUGGAUACACUAGAUCUUGUGAAAGACGAAAAAAGCCGUUGGUGUGUCGUUAUGGAAUAUUGUGCAGGAGGAGAUGUGUUCAAUUUGUUACAUGAAAAACCUAACAUGGCACCCGACGAUAUAGCCUGUUUGUUCAAGCAGCUCUUACUAGGUUUACAACACCUUCAUCAACUCGGCAUUGCCCAUCGUGAUAUCAAGCCUGAAAACUUAGUACUAACCUCAACCGGUACACUUAAAAUUGCUGAUUUUGGAGUUGCUGACGUCGUUCAAUCUUGCUUUGAAAAAGAAUCCCACUCCUGUAAAAAGUGGUGUGGUUCUGAACCCUUCUGGUCACCUGAAAUGUGGAAGAUUAAAGAUGAUAACUGUCCUUACGAUGGUAGAGCACUUGAUGUCUGGAGUGCCGCUACCACUUAUUUCUGUAUGCGCUUUCAACAAUUACCAUUCGGUGCUACCUUCUAUACUGGCCGUCCUGGGGGUUCACCACCUAAAGGUGCCAUGCCAGGCUCACCUGCUGCUGUAGCUGCUCAAGCUGAAGAUGGCGGUGAUUUCGAUUACAAGAGAUAUGUCGAACAACGCCAAAAGUUAGAUCCUAGUGAUUGCGACUUAUUCAAAAAUUUCACUCAAUCUGAACGUGAAUGUCUUGCUGGAAUGAUGGAUCCUAAUCCAGAAACCCGUUGGACUAUCGACCAAGCUUUGCAGUGUCCAUGGAUGUCAGAUUUUGAAGUUUGCAAGGACGGUAAACUCUCGAACGGUUACAACCACACUCAUUAUGUACCAUCAAAAUAGAAAUCUUCUGUGUCCUUAUUCUUUGUAUUAUAUUUCUUUUCCUUUAUCUACUUGUAAUAUUAUAAUUAUUUUUUCCCGCUCUCAUUCAAACAUAGAUUCCUUUUUCUUUUCCCUUUUUUUUUUUCUGCAAUCAAAAUAAACAUGAUAAAGUUAUUCAAAUUUUACUGGCUAUUAUGUUCCUAGUUAUACUUU